UCGUCGGACAGACUUACCCUGCGUACCACUGGAAAGAAGCGCCGCAUUCUCACAUUUUCGCAAGUGUGGCUGCACAGAUGGCGACUACAAAGGUCCCAGAGGUCCGUGACAUCACACGGAUCGAGAGAAUCGGAGCACACUCUCACAUCCGUGGCCUUGGUUUGGAUGAUGCUUUGGAGCCAAGACAGGUGUCUCAGGGGCUGGUGGGCCAGCUGGCCUCCCGUCGGGCAGCGGGGGUCGUCCUGGAGAUGAUCAAAGAUGGCCACAUAGCUGGCAGAGCAGUUCUGAUCGCUGGCCAACCUGGCACAGGAAAGACUGCCAUUGCUAUGGGCAUUGCCCAGUCCCUUGGCCCUGAUACACCCUUCACAGCGAUGGCCGGCAGUGAGAUCUUCUCCCUGGAGAUGAGCAAGACCGAGUCACUCAGCCAAGCUUUCAGAAAAGCCAUCGGAGUGAGGAUCAAAGAGGAGACAGAGAUCAUUGAAGGAGAGGUGGUGGAGAUCCAGAUUGAUCGACCGGCCACAGGAACGGGUGCCAAGGUGGGCAAGCUGACUCUAAAGACUACUGAGAUGGAGACAAUAUACGACUUGGGAAACAAGAUGAUUGACAGUCUCAGUAAAGAGAAGGUUCAAGCAGGAGACGUUAUUACAAUUGACAAAGCCACUGGAAAAAUCAGCAAGUUGGGCCGCUCCUUCACCAGAGCCAGAGACUACGAUGCCAUGGGAGCUCAGACCCAGUUUGUUCAGUGUCCAGAGGGGGAGCUGCAGAAGAGGAAAGAGGUGGUCCACACGGUGUCCCUGCAUGAGAUCGACGUCAUCAACAGCCGCACACAGGGCUUCCUGGCGCUCUUCUCCGGAGACACCGGAGAGAUCAAGGCUGAAGUCCGCGAGCAGAUUAACGCCAAAGUGUGUGAGUGGAGGGAAGAGGGCAAGGCCGAGAUCAUCCCUGGGGUGUUAUUUAUCGAUGAGGUGCAUAUGCUGGACAUGGAGUGCUUCUCCUUCCUGAACCGUGCCCUGGAGAGUGACCUGUCCCCGGUUCUCAUUAUGGCAACCAACAGAGGCAUUACUCGCAUCCGUGGCACCAACUACCAGAGCCCUCAUGGCAUCCCCAUCGACCUGCUGGACCGCCUGCUCAUCAUCGCCACCUCCCCUUAUACUGAAAAAGAGACGAGGCAGAUCCUCAAGAUCCGGUGUGAGGAGGAGGAUGUGGAGCUGAGCGACGAGGCUCACACCGUCCUGACUCGCAUCGGCAUGGAGACGUCUCUGCGCUACGCCAUCCAGCUGAUCAGCACUGCUGGGCUGGUGUGUCGCAAACGCAAGGGGACAGAAGUCCAGGUGGAGGACAUCAAACGGGUUUACUCUCUGUUCCUGGAUGAGGCCAGAUCCUCUCAGUACAUGAAGGAGUAUCAGGAUUCCUUCCUCUUCAAUGAAACACAAGCCCCUACCAUGGAUACCUCAUAAUGAAGAUGAGUGCUUUGUUUUCUUACUCUGAAGUGUUUACGUUGUCGAUCGUCUCAGCGCUUGGAGUCAAUUCAAAACUGGACUGUGUCUAAAUUUGAAUUCAGCAUUGAACUACAUUAGGAAAGAAUUCAAAUGUAUAAAUUAAAUGAAUUCCUCUAUCUGUUCACCUCUGUUCACCUUUAGUUCUACAUUGUUUGAAUAAAAAAUGUUCACUGAAAUGUCUAGUUAAUUCUGAAUUUGCCACAAAUCUGUUCAUCAUCGAGGCCUUACGGCAGGAAUAUGCAUUCCUUCAGUGUUUUCUUUUUUUGUUGACUUGUCUUUACAUGGUUUAUUUUUAUGAAAAAUAUUAAACGGGCUUUUCUAAGCACACUUGGA